AUGAUAGAAAAAGAGGAAGAACUUGUCUGUUCAAUGAAUCAUAAACUUCCAAUAUAUAUGGUUGUUUGUGAUAAAAACAGAGACAAGAACUAAAGACUUUUGUGCAAUGAAUGCAUGGAUAAUUUAGAAUCUAAUUUAAAUAAUGUUAUGAGUUUUAAAAAGGUUUCUUAAAUAAUCGAAGAAAAUUAAAAGAAAAAUGUAGAAUAAGUAGAAUAAAUUAUUAUGAUGAAUAUUAAAAAGAUCAAUUUACUUUAGGAAACAUUAUAUUUAUUAAGAUCAUAGAUUAUUUAAUAAAUAGAUUAAAUAAUUGGUAAUACAAAUGAAUGGAUCAAAUGUUUAUAAGAUAUUGGAUAAUAAAAUGCCAAUUACAGUUUUUUUGAACAAUUGGAUAAUUUAAUUAAUCAAAUUGAAGUUGGAGAAAUUGAUUACAGACCUUUAAAUAAUUAAAUUAGCAAAAUUAAUCACUCUUAAAAUCAAAAAAUAAUUAAAAAGUUGAAUGACUUCAAAUCAUUUGAAUUGAUAAAAAAGUGCGAAGAAUUAUUAAAAAAUUCAAACACUACUAGUUAACACCCCUUCACUUAUAAUUUAAUCUAGAAUCAUAAAAUUCAAUAAAGCGAAUACUGUUAUGCAAUAGCUAUAAAUAAAGAUAAUUCAAUUGUAUUAGCUGGAUGUGAUAAUAAGAUCAAAGUAUUUGAAUUUAAACAAGAAUAGUUGAAACUAAUUCAACUUCUUACUGAACAUAAAGAUAAUGUUACAACUUUAAAUUUUAUGAAGAAAUCGACUCAAUUUAUAUCUGGAAGUAUGGAUAAAUAGAUUAUCAUAUGGUGGAUGGAUUAAAAGAGUUAAUGGAUCUGCUAAUACAAAUUGAAUUAAAAUUCUUAUUAGAUUAAUUGUUUAUUGUUGAAUAAUAAUGAAGAUCUUAUCAUAUCAGGAAGUAGUGAUAAAACAAUUAAAUUUUGGACAAAAAAGAACGAUUGGACAUGUUCAUAAACUAUUACAGAUUCUACAAAAUCAGUUGUAGCAUUAAGUUUGAAUGAAAAAUAAAAUAGAGUGAUAUCUUGUGGAGAUGAAAUGCUUUUUAUAUUAAUAAUAGAGUAGUAAUAAUAGGAUUAAAAAUGGAAUGUUAUAUAAAAGAUAACAGUUGAUUAUUAUGGUUAUAGAAUAUGUUUCAUUAAUGAUAAUGUAUUCACAUUUCAACCUAGACUUAAAGAGUAAAUGUAUGUUUAUGAGAUCAAUAUUCAUAAUAAUUCGUAUUCAAAGACAACACAAAUUGCUGUGAAAUCUGAUUCUGAGGUAUGUGAUUAUUACUUUCCAUAAUAAUAUAUCAAGUCGAAAUAUCUGCUUAUUAAUAAAAACGGAAAAAAUGUUAAUUUGAUAAGAAAAAACCAAAAUGGUGAAUUUAUAACUUAAUUAUCUAUUCAAUUUGGGCAUAAUUAUAUAUACGGAUCGAUGAGUGAAAAUGGAGAUUAUUUGAUGACUUGGGAUUAUUAAUCUAAGCAAAUAUAAAUUAGAAAAUAUUAGUAAUUAUGA